GAGUACAGAAUCAUCUCACUCAAGGUGAUGCUUGCUCUAAUCAACUAAGACACCUACAAAAAAUUAUGUAAAAGACCAGUGCUUUCUCCAAUCAACUCAUUCUAUAUGUUAACAUUGAAGAAUCAUGACUAUCAAACUCUCGGGACAGGAUCCCGUCACAGACGUUUCGCUUUUCAAAGACGAGGUCAACAACUCGCCAGACCAACUGAGCAGAUCUUUGGAAAUUUUCAAAAAAAGGAGAGCUGACGAAUCCACACAUUCCAGUAUUAGGUCUCCUUUCUAUUGGGGCGACAUUGAUGCAAUCACCCCCAAGUUGAUAUCGACCAUCAACGCUAUGUGGGAAGCAAGCGAACAACUUUCGAACGAGAUCACCCAAACUCAUUAUGGUAAAAACAUCCAUGGACCAAUUUGGGAAUCCCCCAUUCAUAAAGCAGGAUCAAGCUACAGUGGCACAAACGAUGACAACCGAAUGCUCAGUACAUCGACUCAUAGAAUCUCGACGACACCGCUUCCUCAUACCGCUCAAAGCACACAACAUUCUUAUUCUGCAAUACCUUCGGUGCGAAGACCCUGCUCUUCUGUCCCAAGGCUUGACUUUUCCACGGCUAAUCGAGAUAUGGAAGAGCACCAAAGGAUUAACAAAAGUGGCUUAACAUUCUCAGGCCUGAGGGAUCUCUAUCAUACUGAAAAACAGCUGGAUGCCGUAAGGUCGAACCUUCAAGCGCCGAUAAAGACUCUACCCUCGUCCACCACAUCUCAAGAAAGCUUUCCUUCACCAACAGCAUCUCCUUCCGAACGCACACCUAAUGCCAAUGAAGCCAGGAAAAGAGGGGACCCUCAUAUUUGCAAGUUUUGUUUCAAGACUUUCACACGAGGAACUACACUUCGUGAGCACGCUAGGACUCAUACAGAUGAGAGGCCAUAUAAGUGUUGCUCCUGUGAAAAAGCCUUUUCCAGACUCAAAGACUGUCGUCGCCACGAGCGCCUGCAUGCCAAUGCCAUCACAGCCCACUGCGGUGGCGGUUCUUAUGGUGUACGUUGGGGAUGUGGCCGGAAAUUCACAAGGCUAGAUGCACUCAAAGCACACUUGAGUUCAAGUCAAGGUGUAGGUUGCUUGAACCCUCUACUUGAGGAUAGAAAAGACAGAAUCUUACGAGUCGCAUUCCGCAAUUUAGCUUUCUGCAAAGAUCCCAUGGAGGGGGAUAUAUGGGGGUGUGGACGACAGCUUGAAACAUUGGAUGCCCUCAAAGCACACUUGGAACCACAAAAUAAACAGUGCUUCAAUCCCCCAACUCAUCUUGAUAAGAAGCAACUCGAUUGUUUGAUAAUUGAUCUUGGUCGCUUUCCCUAUGUUUGUCUUAAAACAUAUGGUGGUUGCGGCAAGCGAUUUGGAAGUGCAAUUGACUUGAAGGCGCAUGUCGAUGUUCCUUGCCAAUCGCACUGUUUGAGAUUAGGAAUUAUAUUCAAAGCUAUGAAAACGCAGGAUUGGAAAAGUAGCAAGGAAUAGAGACUGCGAGCAGAACUUUACAAGAAUGAAUCUCGGAGAUUCUAUCGAGGCAGAAGAAUACGACCCCAGCCACCACUCUAUGAGGUUGUUGGGAAAACCAGGGGGUUUUAUCGGGGUUUUCAUCACAAUGAAAUGUUGCGUACUCUCAAGCGGACUUGCGAAUGCAUUACUUCCUUCAUUCUCCUAUCCAUUCUUCUACUAUGCCAUUCAUACAAAUUGAGCCUUCCGCCUUAUCCAGUACGGCUACGAUUAUUCAGGUAUCCUUCACAUCUACCCUAAAUGAUCUUGCUCUUCUGAAAUUACGUCCACUGAUAGCCCUAGAUUACAGGAUUCCUUCCCUUGAGGACCUUGUGAGUUACUCAAGAGUAAUACGAGACUGUGCCCUUCAACAAUUAGUUUAGCUUUUAAUUGCAUGCUUCAUUUAAGACAUUUUAAAUAUCCAAUGA